AUGGCGAAAACCUUGUCGCCCAUUACGCCAGUCAGCUGUAGUUUUGCAGGAGAAGCAAAAUCCUCCAACUUGAAGUCUGCCACGAUCAGGGCCAAUGAAGUCCCAGCUAGCAUCAAGAUUGUGAAGCAAAAGCCCACCGCUCCUGCCUUGCCUCCGCUUACGCAUGAUGUCCGUGUCGUGACCCUUGCCGAGUACAAGCAAGCUGCUCGUUGCUUGGCCGAUGCCUUUAACCAGGAUGAGGUAGUCAGGUACUUUGUCGAUGUACCUGACCUUGCCCACUGGACUGAAGAGCGAAAGUUUGCUUUGCAUGUCGAGAUUCUCGAAUACAUCACGUAUGCUCACAUCCUCAAGGGAAUGGUGACUACGGUCGGAGACUUUGAAGCAGUUGCGUUGUGGAUGCCGCCAGGCCAGAACAUGGAUGACUAUCUAACCAUAUUCCGUUCUGGCAUGUGGCGUCUGAACUUCCGCCUGUCGGCCGAAGGCAAGCGUCGCUUCUUUGGCGAGUUCAUUCCUCUACUCCACGACACGAUGCAUACUACGCUUGGCGAUCGAGAACUCGAGGCCUGGUACUUGGUAUACAUUGGCACUAGGCCUAGUGGCCGUGGAAAGGGCCAUGCUCGCAAGCUCAUUGAGCAUGUCACGAAGCUGGCGGAUCGUGAGGGCAGGCCGUGUUACUUGGAGUCGAGUAACGAGGCCAACCCCCCGAUCUACCGCAAGUUUGGCUUCCAAGUGACGAGAAGGGUCCUCCUUCAGAGGGGUGGAAAGAAUAUUCCCAUGGAUAUCAUGGUGAGGGAGCCCCAGAUGACGGAAGAGAAGAAGGGUGGCAUGUAA